UUUUUUUUUUUAUGAAAACUUAAUUAGAAGUACAAAAAACUAUGAUGUGGUUUGUCGUUCAUUUUUUUAAUGAUGAAUCAGUGGAAGCAGUCCCUGACACGUGGCUAAAAAAAAAUACAUGUGCAUGGCCAAAAGAUAAAAAACAUAUUAAAAGAUCCAUUGAAAAAAGAGUUAUUCCUAACCAGCUAGAAUUUUUAUGGUUGCCAGCACGAAAACUUGGAAAUGCCUAUAGUAGUUUGGAAUCAGCUCGUUCUAAAUGUAAAUUAGCCCAAUAUUUAUCUGACUUAUCAGCCACUGAAGAAAUCCAUUUUCCCAAAAGUAAAAAAAAUUGUGAAUCCAAAAGAAUUGCAAGUCCUCCUAUGUUGAAAACUACAGGUUUAAAUAAAAAAUUUAAGAUGCUUAUAUCAAAUAAUACAAGUGGGGAAUCUGAUGAAGAAAUAUAUGAUUCUGAUAAAGAUCCAGUAUAUGUUAUAACCACCCCCGUGUUAAAGAAAACUGUGAUAAAUUAUUAAUACUAUCAAGUCCACUUUUAGUAGCAAACACAUCAGUUGAUGUUAAUAAAUCUGUUUCCUAUGUUCAGUCUCCAAUUGGAAAAAUAAUGGUCGAAAAUAUAGAUAAUAAUUUAUCCUAUGUUAAAGAAAAAAACUUGAGUGGAAGAUCUAUUAAACAUAUGAGCAAUGAAACUAAUAUGUCAAAUUCAGUUUAUGACACAUCAGUUUCUUAUAUUCAGUCUGCUAUUGGUAAAGUAAGAGUUGAAAAUAUCAAAUCUGUUUCUGAACCACGGUUUUAUAAAAAUAACAAU